AAGCACGUUUCAUUUCUUCACUAAAUUUUCCAUAAUAAUACUCCUGGAAAUUCUAAAUAUGUGUUAAUUAAUUGUUAAUUAAAGUGCAAUUAUUGUUCGCAUUUAAUCCUUUGAAAUCGACAUGAAUAGAUUUGGCUAAGAACAUCUACCGAUUAACGUUUGCAUUUUAUAUAUAAUCAAUCGUCAUGUGAAAUUUGGUCUAAUGAGCAGAAAAUGAUAAUGAAAAAAUAAUUGUCAACAAAUAUUCGACGAAGAAAAAUUUCCACACUCCACUCUGUUCUAUCAUUAUUUACGAGAUUAAUAAAAUUAUCUCCUCUGACUCAGAGGAGUGGAAUUCAUUCUACGAUUAAACUUCAGUUUAAUAAAAACCGUUUGAAAAAUGAAACUUUACAAAUGUCGAAUAGAAGUGUCUUCAACUUCCUCGAAAACCUCAAGCGGUACCGGAAGUGCCUUCGGCUGCUGAUAGUGCAAGAGUUGUUUCCCGGUACAGCCCACACAUUUGUAGUAAAUUUUAAUCGGCCGAUUGUGCACUCAACAGAGCGCAUUAUUAUACCCGAUUUACCGGACAACAUCACAAUUGCCUAGAUCGAUGAAAAUAAUAAUUGUGAACAUGACUAGUUUAAAAAUAACUGACAUUUGAUUAGAUUAAAAUCUGUGGCAUUGACAUAAUCCAGUGCUGUCUCAAGGAAAUGGCGAAUUGAUUGUUGGGUCAAUCUCGCAAGACACUUAUUUCUCAUCAGUGGUAACUAGUUUCAAGUGCAAAUGAGACUUUCCCGAUUUAGUAGUGGUGUGAGAGAACGAGAUCCUUUCACGUGUAUUUUUUAAUUUUCCAUUGGAGGUCUUUUCACCAGCGGUUCCACCAGUUUUCGGAUAUUUCGACUCUCAAGAAUGAUUUACUGACACAUCAAUCAUGAUAUCCGGCCUCCGGCUCAUUCUCGUUCAACUAUCCCUGAUUAUUUCAAUUUCCUGCGAACUAUCAACCCCUGAGAAAUGGGAGAAUACGAUAGAAUCUACAAUCGAGGACCUCAUUGUCUCAAACGAAACAAGACAACUAAUUUCCACUGUCAUGUCUGACAGACCAGUCAUUGAUGAAACCUCCCUCCCCCCGAGUCAAAGAAUACCAGACACCUCGGAAACUCCAUUGACAACAGAUUUCACGACGACGUCGCCUCCCCGGGAGCUCACGACGGCCCUAACUGUCGAAGACAUGUUGAUAACUGUGGUGCAGUCAAAGAAUGAUAUAUCAGAGGAAACUUCAGUUUCGACGAGUGCAUCGACUUUGAUCCCUGAAUCAUCUUCGGAUAUUGGACCCUCAGUGACUCCUCCCUCGAUCGACAGCAAGGACUUCCUCUCCGAAAUCGGAAAGACAACUGUCCCUUCGACUUAUCACUGGGGCAUUACGAACAUCGUGGAGAAGAAGAUUAAAAUAUUCAAUGGAAUAGAGGAGACAGAUCCAGCGACUAUUGAGGAAUGUAAAGUCUCAGUGCUCUCCGAGUCCGAGGACUACAACGACGCUCGGGACUCCUCGAUGAUUGUUGAGAGAGCGGGAGAUGGCUCGAGUGACCCAACCAUCACAAACGUGACGGAAACAUCGCUGACAGUCGCCUGGAAGGCGCCAUCCAGCAACAUCACUGUUCUUUACUAUAUCGUUGGUUGGGGGCGAAGUGGUGGAUCUGGACAGACAGAGUGUCGAAGCUCUAACGAGACAUUCAAUCACACUAUCACGGACCUCCAGCCCUGCACCAAGUACGAUAUCCGGGUAACACCCUACACAAAGAACGGCAAAGAGCAGCAACGUCUUGCCUCUGAUUCCACUAAAUUGAAAGUGGAAAAAGACUCCCUGAAUCUUAAGGUAUCGGCCAGUGGCACUGACUGGCUAAAAAUCAGCUGGAAUUUACCCAACAAUGAUUGUGUUGAUAAGUACAUUGUUGGUCGAUGUGACUCAAAUAACUGUACAUCGGUGGACGUCACCGAGACUUCGUACAAUGCCACCGAUUUAUUUCCAUGCACAAAGUAUAAUUUCACUGUCUCAGUACAUGGAAAGAGCUCUGUAGAGUACGGAAGCACCAGCAUCGAUUCCGAAACUAAUUUCUUACAACCCCAGCAACCAUCUCCAGCAUGGUCGGAAGCAGGCAAUCAGUCACUGAAGGUCUUCUGGACAUUUCCAAUCGGCACCACGUGCGUCAAACACUAUCGAGUGACACUACCCCUCAGUGGUAAUUCCGUAAAGACUCAAAACAUCACCGGAAACGAAACACUUAUUGACAGCCUGCAAUCAUGCCGAGUGUACGAAAUCACAAUCACUCCAGUGACCAACUAUAACGAGAGUACAUCUGCUGUAUUUCAAUCCAACCGAACAUUUCCAGCAGUCUUAAAUCCACCAGUCCUACCUCGUGUCCAUAUCGCAACUAAUCACAGCAUAGCGAUGAGUUGGAGAGUCUACACAAACGAUGACAACAACUGCGAAAAUACUACAUUAAUCUUUCGAUGCAACUUUACCCAGGUACGCGGGUACGGAUACGAGGGACUAAAUGGAACUACAGAGAAGAUAAUCGUAAAUGGUACGAAGAGUGUUCUUGAAAGGGUUCAAAUAGAUGAUUUGUCCCCGUUCACCCUGUACAGUUGCUACGCUUCUGCUAGAAAUUCUCAGGGGGUGAGCGACGAGAGCGCAGAAGUGUCAGCUGAAACUGCGGAAGAAGUGCCUUCACCACCGAUGAACUUAUCAUCGAGUGACCUCAAAGACACCAAAUUCAUUCUAAAUUGGAAAGCACCAACAAAGCUGCCCGGUACCUUGGUAGGUUUUGAAAUAAAACUCAUAAUUUGGUCGCCAAAUAUAAUAAUACCUGCCUGGUGCGAAGAGCAGAAAGAAACUAGCGACACUAUUUCAAAUAUUAAUGGGAAAGUCUUUUCGUACAAAUAUGAAAAUGCUAUUCCAUUCUCAACGCACAAAACGAAGAUCAGAGCAAAAACCAACGCGGGUUGGGGUAAUUGGAGCGAAGAGAUUUUUGUGGAAACGAGACCUGGAGCACCUGGCCCAGUUUCAUUUCUCAACUACUCAAUAGUUCCAAAUACCGACGAUCCAGAUAUCUUAGAUUUCACUCUCUCUUGGGGUAAACCGUGCUCAAUCCAUGGAGAGCGAAUCGAGUACUACAACGUUACAGCUAACGGUGAAAGGAGGAAUUACAAGCCUCAUAAUUUUACGGAAGUAAUCGAGAUCAAUCGGCCCGACUGUAAGGACGAUAUUUGCACGAAGAAAUUAAAAUUGUGGGAGGAAUAUAAAUAUGUCUUCAAUAUCACCGGAAAGGGAAAGGAUUGCUCAAGGCUCGGAGAGCCCUAUUCUCUUACUGCAAUAUUCCCAGCAGGAAUUCCUCCGCUUCCAGAGGAAAAUUACACUGCUCAGAUCACAAUUGAUCCGUACAAGGCUCGUAGAACAACAACGACAGCAGCAAUACUUCUACCAGUAUUUUCAGACACCUACGGAAAAAUCCACUGCUACGCAAUUAUUGUGGCCAAAUCGGGAUACAAUAACAUGACCCACGGGAGAAAUGAUCGAAUCAAUGGCGAGUGGCCCAAUACGCCCUCUUGGUUGGAAUCCAAGUCCGAGGAUUUUCGAAUACCUUAUCAAGCGAUUAAAUUUUGCGACGGCGAUCCCUCUUAUAUCGUCGACUACGGUAAUUUGAAAGCCGUCAAAUACAUCUUAGGAGAUGAUACUGAGCAUUGUCCCAAACUCUCGUCAAACAGUGGACAGAGGUCCUACUGCAAUGGGCCCCUGGAACCAGACACCUGGUACGAUGUGAGGAUGCGGGCCUUCACCAACGGCGGAUAUCGAGACUCGACUAUAUUCACAGUAAAAACAAAUGCUGAAAUGCGAGUGGCUGAAGUCAUUGGAAUAAUAUUUGGUAUUUUAUUUCUUGGGAUUCUUACGACGCUGAUGCUCUUGGUGCGAAAAUGCUCCGUUCGAGCGGUAGUGAGGCGGUUUCUCCACUCGGACAUGCCAGGCUCCCCAGUACCAGCGCCAUUUACAAGACGAAAAUUCAUCACUCACUGUCAACAGCUCGCGGACAACCCCGGUAAGCUCAGUAAUGAGUUUCAGUUGCUCCAGACCCUCAGCGUCGACCUUCAGAUGCCGACAAACGCGGCAUGUCUUCAGGCAAAUAGAAAGAAAAAUCGUUACACCGAUAUUCUGCCAUAUGAUUUCUCCCGAGUGAAAUUAGAGCAAAUCGACACAGAUCCCAACAGCGACUACAUAAAUGCCUCGUUCAUAAAAGGAUGCAGUGGGGAGGAGGAGUACAUUGCCUGCCAGGGACCCAAGGAGGAAACGACUUAUGAUUUCUGGAGGAUGAUCGAUCAAUACGACGUCAAGCUCAUCGUCAUGCUGACGCAGCUAAUGGAGAAGAAUAAGGACAAGUGUCAUCAGUACUUUCCCACAAUGAAGGAGACGUUUACAUAUGAAAAUAUGUCCAUUAGAUGUACCACUGAGUUCGACUACAGGACGUACACUCAGAGAACCCUAGUCUUGCAAAAAGAAAAUGAGAAGAGGACUAUUACUCAUCUCCACUUCAAAGACUGGCCAGACCACGAUGUACCUGAGGACUUUGACCCAAUGAUAAACUUCUGUCAAAUAAUUAGACGUUAUAUAACCGCCAAUCCUGGCCUUGCCGUGGUUCACUGCAGUGCUGGCAUUGGACGAACCGGAACUCUUAUUGCCAUUGACAUUCUCCUGCAGCAUAUUAAGGAGAAUAGAAAACUCGAUGUCUUUGGCACUGUCUAUAGACUGAGGCAUCAUAGGAUUAAUAUGGUCCAGAGAGAAAGUCAGUACGCAUAUAUUUAUAAUUGUAUUAGACAAGUACUGAAGAACCCGUACUUUUCAAAAACCUACAAACCUCCAUCAGUCGAUCCAAUAACCGACGUCAACGGCAAGAGGAAGGAGCCCGCAAUAACGAAUCUAGUCAGCAGUCUCGAGACUCUGAGGAAGAGCAGUUUGUCAACAUCAGUGGAAUCAGCCGAACAAAUCUUUCAUUCAUCAUCAUCCACAUCAUCGAGCCCAAAAUCACAAUAUUGUUUAUCGCUGGGGGUUAAAUACUCAAAAUCAACGUCAGAAAUUUGUUCAAAGCCAUUCACCAAUCAAAUAGUAAGAUACAAUACAUUGGACUAUCCCAUCCACGAGAUCGAGAAGGAAGGCAAAUCUAGUACAAGCAGUCUCGAUGACUCUGAUGAAUCAAGUAAUUCAUUUUACGAGAAUCUUCAGCCAAUAAAUCGAUCCAAAUCAGUGCAUAUUGUUAAUGAAGAUCCAACUGUGACUGAGAAACUACUUGACACAUCACUCUAAUCCGGAACUGGUCAACUGGCUCCUAAUUACCUCAAAAAUUAUUUUUCUAAAAAUAUCAGAGAUGAUGGACCAAAGCCCCUCAGUCUUUCACAAUUUCAUAAAUUAUAUAGGUAUUACUAUUGUAUUAAAAACUGUAAAUAUUACACUAGGAUAAUUACAAUAAUCAUCAAGUGCUCUUGAUCAGUCACCAAAUGCAAAGUAUAAUGACUAACUUCAUUCGUGACUGUGACUGUACUUUAAAAUAAGUGAACCAACGAAUUCUCACUCAUUCCGAUCUCACGAUUAUAUCGUUUUAAUGUAAAACAUAAUUUAUACAUAAUAAAUGGAUUAAAAUGAUAAUAUUAA